CACCCAUCACGCUUCCGCAGUAAGUCAUCCGACCCGACUUUCCCUUCUGACCGCAACCGCUAACAGCAUCACAGCUGCACCGUCACGAUGCCUGUCCGAAGAAGCCUGCAGCCACCCGAUGAGGCCUUUCGUACCAAAAUGCCUGACCUGAUCCCUUAUUUUACGGCAGUUCUUGAAGACCAUGAACGCAAGGAUGAGCUCUAUGCCAUAGCAAUGGAGAUUGGAAAGACUUGGGAUAAGGAGGAUGACAUCACCGGCGAGCUGCUUUGGGCUGCGAGGUCCUCUUGCUUGUACGUCGUCAUUGCAAAGAGCUGACGAUCUCCAAAGGCUACCUUAAGGAGGAGAUCAAGCUGCUGCAGAAGCUAGAGCGAUCCCUUAUGGCAGGAAGGCCUAUAGAGGCAAGCGACGAGGGAUUUAUCAAGGACCUUAGACCGGGGACGCGAUGUAGAUAGAAGCGGGGUAAUCGCGGGGUUCUGUGGAAGAAAUGUAUUAAGUUUUAUGUAAGUUU